AUUCCAACACAUAUACUCAGCCGUUGGUGUAUUUAUUCAUCCCAUUGCCCGAAUAUCCUUUCUUCAUCCCCUUCCCUCCCAUCCCUUUCAAUCCCAAUCCCAAUCCCCAUUACACCAAGAAGAAGAACAAGAAGAAGAAGUGCUUGAGAAGCAAAAAAAUACAAAACCUUAAGAGGGCGAGGUAGCCCUCCCUUCUUCUCUUUCCUUCCUCCAUUCUUUCUCUGAGCGCAACUCGGUUCCAAGCGAAGAAAGGGGGGAAAUAAGAAAGAAGAAGAAGAGGGUAAAUUAAUCAAUGGAGGGCGGGAGAAAUCAAUUGAAUAGCGGGAAUGGGACUGGGGAUAAUGUUGUUCGAUCUGGGUUUCCUCUCAGCUUCUGGGAAGCCGCCGUGGGCGCCCUCGUCAUUCUGGGAUUCGCCAUGGGUCUUCUCCUCGUUUACCUCACCCUCCCGGCGUCCGAUUAUAGCUUCCUCAAGCUGCCUCGUAAUCUCGAGGAACUCCAAAUCCUCAGGGAUCACCUUGAGACUUACACCAGUGAUUACACGGCACAAGUUCUGGUCGGCUACUGCGUUGUCUAUGUCUUCAUGCAGACUUUUAUGAUCCCGGGGACUGUGUUCAUGUCAUUGCUGGCCGGAGCCCUCUUUGGGGUUUUCGGAGGUGUAGCUCUGGUGGUGUUCACUGCCACUGCUGGAGCUUCUUCUUGCUUCUUCCUGUCGAAGAUCGUCGGCCGCCCUCUGGUCUUCACUCUCUGGCCUGACAAGCUCGUGUUCUUCCAAGAGCAGGUGGCACGUCGAAGGGAAAGAUUGUUGAACUACAUGCUGUUCUUGAGACUGACACCUACACUGCCAAACACAUUCAUCAAUGUGGCCUCGCCUAUUGUAGAUGUGCCUUACCACAUCUUCCUCCUGGCGACCGUCAUUGGGCUCAUCCCUGCUGCUUAUAUUACCGUCAAGGCUGGAAUAGCUCUGGCAGAGCUGCAGUCAGUGACGGAUCUAUACGACUUCAACUCCAUUGCGGCUAUGUUCCUCAUUGGUGUCGUUUCCAUCACCCCCACGCUGAUGGGCAGCAACGAACAGAAGAAGAAGGCCAGUGCAGCGAUCGAAUAGCAGAUGACGACGAUGAUGAUGGGUGUCUGUGUGUCUCUGGAAGAACAAGAAAGGUGCUUUAAGGCAAAAGGGGUCCGUUUCUGUACAGACCAGCACUAGAAGGAAAAGAAAAGAGAAGGGCAAAAAGAAAAUGUACAGCUGCUGCUGCUAGUGAAGUUGAGAUGGAUGGCUGACUGUUGAUGAUGUGGGAAUGUGUAAAUUUGAGUGCUUUAGUAAAGUAUCAUGGGGAAGGAGGUAGUUGGGAUGGAAGGGGAUGGGAUGGUGUUAGGAAGGGGAAAGGGAGGUGGGAGUGGACAUUGUUGAACUUCAAUCCUCUAAACCGUUGUAUAUCCCCACCUUUUAACUUGUGCUGUAAGGAAAUAAGAUUUCUUUUUCCGC